GAAGUGAAUUGUGUAUGAUACUUGCAUUCCUUCCUCAUCCCAAGCAAAAUAAAGCACAUGUUAAUUAAUUUAAGAUGGCAGAUUCAAGAUGGCGGAUAGUUACAGUUCCUUCUUUAAUUCAAAAUUACGUCAUGAAGCCACUGCUGUUGUUAAAACUAUUAUCAAUAUGUUAGUCAACUUAACUUUAUGAUUUUAUCAGACACCUUACUAUUUAAGUUUUUUCGCUUUAUGGUUACUGUAGGUGGAACAUUGAUGAAAUUUGGAUUCUGCCAAUAAAUUCGACAAUAUCAGCAAUGUCAACCAAGUCAUACAGAGAACGAAUCCCACCGAAAUCAAGAAACGUUUUUUCAUUUAACAAAUUUAUUUAUUUUUCUUUCAUGUUACCAUCCCAAAGUAGCAGAUUACUUAUUAACUCAAAUGAUAAAAUAUCCAUUUCAUUUCAGAUAGGCCAACAGCUCAAGAAAGGUUUUCUUAAGAUCGUGCCGUCAGAACCAUUUAUUGGAAAGAAUGUAAAAAUCCAAGUGAUGUAUAAUGGGAGAGGAAUGGGAGUUAAAACUUCUGUUUGUCUUAGAGCAGAAGUCUAUGGCUGCGAAAUUCCUCAGGGUAAGACUUUUUGCCUUUCUAAUUUCAAUAGAGAGGAAAUGUGUGACUUCCUCUUACCAUGGUAGCAAAAUGUCUGAAUUUUGUCUUUCUUGACGGAGAAAGCCAUUUGCAUCAUCAUUCGAUGGAAGAAUAGUAUGCGGUCACAGGAAAGCUGUCAUACGUGUUCAUUUUUUUUUGCUUACCAUAUUUGCAGGACCACGGUUUGUUGAGAUCCAGAAAUUUUGCUUCCAUGGCAUCGUGAAGUAACGACUGUAGGUGCAAAUCCACUGUAAACGGACGUUUAACACUUUUAUUUUUUUAAACUAUUCAAUCUGUACAGAACAAGGAUGUGCACGUUGUUCAGAUUAAAGCAAAGGCAACGAAAUGCUUCAAAAGCGUCGUUACUUCGGGUGAAAUCGCUGCACACUAACACAUCGUGUAACUUCGCACAAAAAACAGCUUAUCACAUGACCUAACAGGCAGGAAAAAAAAAAAAGGAGAAUCCAGCCGCGACAACGACUUCUACUCUCUUAUCUACUAUACACCUUAUUGAAACUUUUUACAUACUUACUGUUCUUUGAAGCAUUAUCUACGCCCAAUACCUUGGUCGAGUGACUUAAAAAAAGACUAAGUAAACAUUUUAACCGCGUACGGAUGUAAAAUCAUAGAGCUCUUCGAGAAACUCAUUUAUAUUUGAGAAAUGUGAUUAAGUAUAAGUAGAAAUAUUUAUGAACUAAAAAGAAAAAGAAUGCAUCUCACACUUUCCCUAGCUUAUCGCAAAUGCCCGAAUAAGCCCCAGUUACAAUGCCCCCUCCAUAAAUGAGCACCCCGUUUAAGGUAAAAACAUUCAAUAAGCGCUCCCCUUCGAAUAACAGCCCUCCACACCCCACCCUGUCUUACCGAUUAUAUGGUUUACACUGUACGUAUCUUUUAAUCGAGUGAAGCUAACAUAAUUUGCAACUUCUAAGUUAGCUAAUUAAUAAUUUGAGGCCAACCCAAUGUCGGAUGUUACAGUCAAACCAAGUCAAGUGUACCCCCCAAGAUUCUAUCAGUGAAUUGAUUAUUUGAAAAAUGAAUCCGUUAGUCGUUCCCGUAACUGGUGUCAAAUUCAAAGCGGCAUUUCUGCAUGCGUAAUGAGCAGUGAAUAUUUUACGAGAACUUCUCUGUAUUUGGUCAGAUUGGAAAUCUUUGAAUGGAUUAAGCUUCUUAGAAGACAUUUACAUCAAUUUCAGGAAAAUGGAGCUGGUAGAAAUUUCAUAACUGCCUCGCGUGUGAAUUCACGGCUCAUUACACAUACAAGAAUGCAGAGAUCAAUCUGAAAUCUACAACUAGCAACGUAUUCAACUUUUGAAUAAUAAAUUCAUUAAUGGAUUCUUGGGGGGGUACGCUUGACCUGGUUUGACUGUAAAAACCCAGCUCCUCGGACAAUAGUGGUGGGCUUCAUCAUAGCGACAUAAGUAGAUGUCGAUCAUUUACGGAACUUUUGUGUAUAAUAUUCUCCCGCCUUUUUUUUUUUUUCUAAAAUCGUAACAGGCUACAAGCUUUCUCCUCCUCUCUUUGUCUCUACUAGGGACCCUCAUGUUGACAGGCUAAAAUGUUUUUCCUACCAAAGACUACUUUUGUUAAGGUCAUUCUUGGAUAGGAUGCAGAGACUAAACUUGUCCAGAUAAAUUUUGAGUUAUUGGGUUCCAACCAAACACGUCGUUGAAUAUAAUUUCUACUUGUUUUUUUUGUAGGUUGCCUGUUAACCGGCUCGGCAGUUAUUGUAAAGGCUAAUGGCAGGUAUUUAAAAACGCAUGUGAAGAAUGUUUACAGAUCAAGAAACCAAUUUAGAGUAAUUGAUCACAGGGGAGUGCUUAGCACAAGAGACGCAGUUCUGGAUGAGACGCCAGAUCCUGCCAAACUUACACCGAAUACGUUGGUCCUGGGAAAAAAUAUUGGCUCAGGUUCUUUUCAGAAGGGAAUUAUUGAGCAGAAGGAUGGAGCAAAGUAUUUGAUAAAAACUAAAGGCGUUAUCUGGGCAAGUGAGUUAAAUGAUGUUCGUCUUGCCAAGUCACCUGAAUUUUGCCUUCUUUGA